ACCACUCAACUCCUCACUUGCCUCCAUUUAUUUAUUUAUUACUUCCCCACUUCUUCAAACCAACAUAUUCUCUUAUCUUUCUAUAAAUUCCAUCCCUUCUUCACCUCACCCACAAACAAUUCUAAAUCUUCUAUCCUUCUUCAAUACCCAGAUUUUAAUUUAUUUUUUUACGAUUACCCUUUCCAGGAUUUGUCAUCAAUGGCUAUUAAAAUUCGAGAAGUAUGGGCUGAUAAUCUCGAAUUGGAAUUUGAACUCAUUUCUACUGUGAUCGAUAAGUACCCUUAUAUAUCUAUGGAUACAGAGUUUCCUGGUGUUGUUUUAAAGCCUCAGAUUUCUUACGGUCGUGGCCGAAAUAAUUCUCCAUCGGAUCAGUAUAAGAUGUUGAAGUCUAACGUGGAUGUGUUGAAUCUUAUUCAGCUUGGUUUAACUUUAUCUGACGCUGACGGUAAUCUCCCUGAUUUAGGAUCUGACGGCGGUUACAUAUGGCAGUUCAAUUUCUCCGAUUUCGAUGUGGCACGUGAUCUCUACGCGCCGGACUCUAUCGAGUUGCUCCGCAGACAGGGGAUCGACUUCGAGAUGAACCGGGAAUGUGGGAUUGACUCGGCCCGGUUUACUGAGCUGAUGAUGUCGUCCGGUCUGGUGUGUAAUGAAUCGGUGAGUUGGGUUACGUUUCACAGCGCGUAUGAUUUCGGGUACCUGGUGAAGAUACUCACGCGCCGGGAACUUCCCGGUGGGUUAGAGGACUUUAUGGAAGUUGUCAGGGUGUUUUUUGGAAACAAAGUUUAUGAUAUGAAGCAUUUGAUGAGGUUCUGUAAUAGCCUCUAUGGUGGUUUAGACCGGCUUGCGAAGACGUUGUCUGUGGACCGGGCGGUCGGGAAAUGUCACCAGGCCGGUUCAGAUAGCUUGCUGACGUGGCAUGCGUUUCAGAAAAUGAGGGAUAUUUAUUUUGUGAAUGACGGGGCAGAGAGACAUGCUGGCGUCUUGUAUGGAUUAGAAGUUUAUUAGGAAAAGAAAAAUGAGUCAUUGUCUCAUUGUUAGUAAAUAAAAUCUAUUUAAUUAAUUCGUUUUAGCUGAAAA